AAUAUAAAUCACUAUGCCAAUAAGAAGAGCGCAGCUGAGAGCAUGCUGGAUGUGGCUCUGCUGAUGGCCAACGCCUCCCAGCUCAAGGCCGUGCUGGAGCAGGGGCCAAACUUCUCCCUUUACGCCCCCAUCAUCACCCUGAUCAGCAUCUCCCUCUGUCUGCAGGUCGCUGUCGGGGUCCUGCUCAUCCUCAUAGUUCGAUGGAACCUGAAUGAUGAGCAAAAGCACUGGAGGCUGAACAUUAUGGAAAACGUGGCCACAGGCCUGGUUUUUAUCAUAGUGGUAGUCAACGUCUUCAUCACGGCCUUUGGAGUUCACAGGCCAUUCCGCCGCGACUGA